UUUCUUGACACCUAAGAAUAUUCCGCAUAUGCUGUCUAACAAUUGUGCCAACAAUGGUUAAACGCAGUAAAAUGGGUUUUCUUUUUGAGAUAUGUUUGUGUUUAAUUUUUAUUGUGUCUUCUCUCGCUGAGAAAGAAUGCGAUAAAACUAAAUGCCCGGGACCAUUAAAAUACUACGAGGAUGUACGUUGCAAACCGAUUUACAAAAAUCCAGAAGACUGUUGCGCUGUGAAGUACGAUUGCUCGCAUCUUGAAAGUAGAUCUCCUAAAAAAUGCUACUUAAAUGAUAAUGUUUAUGAGAUGGGAGAGAAACUGAAAGACGAAGAUGCUCUUGCUUGUGAUAUUGGAUGUUUUUGCGCCGAAGGAUACAACGGAAAUGCUCAUUUCAUAUGCGCAGUCGUUGAUUGCUUCCAGAGACCAAGACCUGGUUGUUCAAUGGUUCAUUAUGGUAAACAAUGCUGUGCAACAGAAGUGUGUCCUGACAGAGAAAAAGUAACCUGUACUGUUGAUGGCAAAACGUACAAAGAAGGUGAAGAGUUUGAAGCUAAAGGGGAACCAAAUAAAAAAUGCGUUUGCAUGCCAGGAUAUGAAGGAGAAAAUGCAGAACCAUAUUGCUACGUUCCAUCGAAGACCAAGAGUUAUUGUGGUACUGAAUUGAGACACGCGUCUGAGAUCAGAGAAAAAUGUGCACCAGUUUAUUAUUAUGAACAAUCUCCCGAAACUAGCUGCAGCGUCUCAUGGAGAUGUCAAAACAAUAAUGAUACCCUAAUUCCGAGUACUGAGAACAGUGAAGGUGAAUCUGAUAUUUGUAAAUUCGGUAACAUCGUAAUGCGAAUUGGAGACGAACUUAAUCAGGCUACAGGUUACAGUUCUGUAUGCGUCAAAUGCAAAUGUGAAGUUCCACCUACUCCCACUUGCCAACGUCUUCCUGAUAAUGAAUGUGACGUGACGGUUCAUCCUAAUUUUGACAAUUACUAAUCGAUGUAUAUAACAUUCCGAAUUUUAAUUUAAAAGUAUAUAAGAUUGUUAAUGCUUCUACAAUUUAUCUUUCGAUUAUGAUAAUUCACAUGUAUGGCAAUAUGAAAUCAUGUGCUUUUUUAUUUUGAUUUGAUUUUUUUUCGACCAUUUAUUUGUGAAGUAAAAUUUUAUUUUCUCAAUAACAUGAUAAAUUAUAUUUGUACAUUUUUAUCGUUAGUA